ACACCGACCGCGAGGCUGUGAGAAAGUGGGCGAGUGUGCGAGGGCGCCCGGCCUGGCUGCGGGAGCCGCGGUGGUGGAGGAGAAAGGAGGCGGCUCCCGGCAUCCCUCCCCCCUCCCCCCUCCUCUCGUUCUCGGACCUCCAGCCCGCCCGGCAGCCCGCGAUUCCGUCGGAAGCCACCGCCCGGCUCCGCUGGCCGAGAGCGAGGGAGGAGCCGCCCGAGCCAGAAAGAAUCGGCAUUCAGGAGGAAAUAAUUCAAGAGAAGGAAGACCAAGCAGAUCAAGAUGUGUAGCUCUGUGGCAGCCAAGUUGUGGUUUUUGACAGAUCGUCGAAUCAGAGAAGACUAUCCCCAAAAAGAGAUUUUACGAGCAUUAAAGGCCAAAUGUUGUGAGGAGGAAUUGGACUUUAGGGCCGUGGUGAUGGAUGAGGUGGUACUGACAAUCGAGCAAGGAAACCUGGGUCUUCGGAUCAACGGAGAAUUAAUAACUGCCUAUCCCCAAGUGGUGGUAGUGAGAGUACCAACCCCUUGGGUGCAAAGUGAUAGUGACAUAACUGUUUUGCGCCAUUUAGAGAAGAUGGGAUGUCGGUUGAUGAACCGACCUCAAGCCAUCCUGAACUGUGUUAAUAAAUUUUGGACUUUUCAAGAGUUGGCUGGCCAUGGUGUUCCUCUGCCAGAUACUUUCUCUUAUGGCGGUCAUGAAAAUUUUGCUAAAAUGAUUGAUGAAGCAGAAGUACUGGAGUUUCCAAUGGUAGUGAAGAAUACACGAGGUCAUAGAGGCAAAGCGGUUUUCUUGGCUCGAGAUAAGCACCAUUUGGCUGAUCUAAGCCAUCUUAUUCGCCAUGAAGCUCCAUACCUGUUCCAGAAGUAUGUUAAGGAGUCUCAUGGACGGGAUGUGCGUGUCAUUGUUGUGGGAGGCCGUGUGGUUGGCACCAUGUUACGUUGUUCAACAGAUGGAAGGAUGCAAAGCAACUGCUCACUAGGUGGUGUGGGGAUGAUGUGCUCCUUGAGUGAACAGGGGAAGCAGCUAGCUAUCCAGGUGUCUAAUAUCCUGGGGAUGGAUGUGUGUGGCAUUGACCUAUUGAUGAAAGAUGACGGCUCCUUCUGUGUCUGCGAGGCCAAUGCAAAUGUAGGUUUCAUCGCCUUUGAUAAGGCUUGUAAUCUAGAUGUAGCUGGUAUCAUAGCGGACUAUGCCGCCUCCCUCCUGCCCUCUGGCCGGCUCACCCGGCGUAUGUCCCUGCUCUCCGUGGUGUCCACGGCCAGUGAGACUAGUGAGCCGGAGCUGGGUCCCCCAGCCAGCACUGCUGUCGACAACAUGAGCGCAAGUUCCAGCUCUGUUGACAGCGACCCUGAAAGCACCGAGCGAGAGCUGCUCACCAAGCUCCCAGGGGGCCUGUUCAACAUGAACCAGCUGAUAGCCAAUGAGAUCAAACUCCUGGUGGAGUGACUCCACCGGUAAAAAAUUACCAACAACUCCCUUGUAAAACUCACAUUCUUUUUCAUCUUUUUUCUUUCUUUCUUUCUUUCUUUUUUUUUAACCAACUUGCAAUGCUGUUCAUGGAAGGUACUCAGGAAGAUGAGAGAAAAUUGAGUAGAGUUAGUCAGGAGAGAAGCAAGGGGAGCUAGAUUAGACCUCUGCUAUUAAAAUGUUAUGAUACCACAGAUAGAAUGGCAGAAGAGGUGAGACACAGAGAAGUGUCAGGCUUUUAUACUUACCCUUUAAAAUUACUCAAUGUGUGUGCUCUCACAUGAAGGCCACGAAGAACAGUUUUUUUCACGGCCCCUCGCUUUUGCUUUUGUACAAUUGCACAGAUUUUGGCAUAGCGUAACUUCACAUUACGUUGCAAAGAUUUGUAAUGAGAGAGGAAAAGAUCUACCUAAAUUAUAGGAAUUUUUUACAAAUCUGAAAAUUCUGCCUCUACCAUAUUAACUAGCAAGUUUAUGUUCAUAGUUUAUGAAGUCUUGAGGCGCUCUUUUACGGGAAUUUUAUUCUUUCUGUUUUUUGGUUUUCCUUUAAUUUGGGUGGGAGAGCAACAUUGAUAUAAUCCAAUAAAGGUUUCUUAAUGACAGAAUUGGCAUUUUCGUAUGAUGAAAGGGAAAUGAACAGUAUUGCAAUGUGUGGUACACAAAAUGACAUUUAUUCCAAUGUAGAUAAAAUUACACUAGUUUAAAAUAUGUGCGUUGACUUGUAUUUGUUAGUGUUUUAACCUUUUUUAAAAGAUAUGCUCUGUUAAUGUUGCAGUUUUUUUUUAAUACAUGCUAGUCUAACAUUCCCUGAUCUAUGCCUGCAUCUUUAACAAUGGCCAAAGUGAAGAAAGUGCUACCUUUUUUGUUAACAAGACACUGACUUGAAACAUGUGCAUUUAAAGCCUUUUCCUUUUUCCUUUUUUUCUUUUGGUGGUUGGGCAUUUAAAGUAUAAGGACAAGGAAAAAUAUUUUUGGGGGGGCAGAUUAAGGGCCUAUAAGUUCUUAAGUAUAAAGCUGAAGUGAUUUUAUAAUACCAGCAUUAUAUAUUUGCAUUUUUCACAUUUUAGGAGGGAGUAUAUAUAUAUAUAUGUGUGUGUGUGUGUGUGCACGCAUGCAUGUGUAUGUGUUUUGCUUUUUGUUUACACCAACCAGUCAAAAAAGGAUAGAUUCUAGAAAAUGGAGCAUGAUGGGGAAACACAGUUUUUACUUUAAAUAUCAGAUAACUUGUUUUAAUAACUACACUGGGUUAGAGGUACUCACUAAAGACAUAAAGAGACUAGAUGCUUCUUAGGCCUUUUUAUGUAUAUGUAUGUUGUUUGGUUUUUUCUUUGGUUCUAGACUGUUCAGUGUAUGAUUUCUUUAAGGCUACAUGCUUUUCUAUGCUUCUGGCUGUGCAUUUUCUCCUAUUAUACAUAGGUUUUAGGGUGGGGUGGAUUGGACAUUUUUGUUUGGGGACUUAUUUUGCAGUAUUAAGUCUCUUAUAGCCCAACUCUGAAGCCUUCAGUACUGUCCACUUUUUAUAUUCCUUUAAUAUCUGAAUUUAUAAAAGCCCCAAAUGGCAUAUAACACGAGCCUUUAAAACAUGGGUAAAUCUGUUUGAAUAAUGGGUUUGGAAGCUGUGUUAAGAAAUGGAGAUGCUCCAGAGCUCAACGUAAUUUUUUUUAAACAGCAAGUUCCAUCUUACUGCAAUCCUCUGAAGCUUUUACCCGAGUCCUUUCUUGCCUCUCCAGUGCUUUUUUCCUUCAGAUGGACCUUAAACAUAAUUUCUCGGACACUACUAGAGAGACUUCGAGGCAAUAAUAAAGAUCAGUAUUAACCAGCUCUAACAGAGGUUUGAUCAUGCUUGUACAGUUUUGCCCCCAUUUUAAAAAGGAAUGUAAUAAAAUUUGUUUUUUUUUUCCAUAGAAUUAAAUAAUAUUAAAGUUGAGUGAAAGGUUGAUUGUUGGCAAAUAGAAUAGUACCUCUAAUCUGUGCAGUGUCUCAUUUCACCUCAAAAAGAUGAUAAUAAGAAGAUUUUCUAAUUUAUUUUAAUAUAUUCUAAUCGCAUAUAUAAGAGUUUGACUUGCAUAGGGUUAUUUUGGGCCUUACGUAUGUUUAUAAGUACCUCUGACUCAUUAACAGAAAGAAGUACUUGGUACUUCUUUCACUGAAUGACCAUAGGAGGAUGCAUAUUUGGGAUAGAGAAAUAAAUGAGGGAGAAAGAAGUGCUUAAUUAAUUCAUUUAUAUGAUCGUGUAGAGAGCAUCUGGUUGUCACAUAAAUUAUGAUACAUUAAAUACCUACAUAUAUCACA